UCUCUGGCAGAGAGCUCUCAUAAAGUGCUCACUGCUCACUUAUCUUCCGGCUUUGUGACAGAAUGAGAUUGUAGCAUCAGCGCUGAACAGAAUCCCAGCUCAAGGUGAUGGGGCCUGACGGAGCCCCGGGUCCAGCUGUGCCCUGGAGGAAGGUGCUGUGGGAGCGGCAGCCGUUCCCUGACAACUAUGUGGACCAGCGUUUCCUGGAGGAACUACGCAGGAAUGAGGGCAUCCGACAGUACCGAUACUGGACUGUGGUGAAAGAGGCAGGCUUUGUCGGAGAGCAGCUGUCCUGUGUGGCCAUUUUUAUCACCCUCUGGCUCUACAUGGAGCAGGGUCAGCUGUCCCCUGAGAGGCUGUUAUGGAGCAGCCUUAUCUGCGCUCUGCUGGGUUACGGACUGCACCAAGCCCUGACGUCUCAAGUGCAGUCGGGCUGUGAGCCGCGGACCCGUCUAGCUGACUUACAGAGUGCCACUAUUUUUCUUUCCUUUACCUUUGGCUUCUCGCCAGUUCUGAAGACACUAACAGAGUCUGUGAGUACCGACACAGUGUACGCCAUGUCUGCCAUGAUGCUGCUUGCCCACCUGGUGUCGUUCCCUUACGCCCAGCCCUCCCCCCCAGGCAGCCUCUCCCUGAAUGCAGCCCUGUUUGCCUCUGUGUGUUUGGCCUCGAGGUUACCUGGGGCUCUGCACACCUUCGCCAUGCUCAGCUGUGCCCUGCUGGUGUUUGCCCUGUGGCCCUGCCUGCUGCAGAGGCUCAGGGAGAAAGCCCCGAGCCACUUCACAGGGGUGUGUGUAGGAGUGUGUUUCGCGGGAGUGGGUGGUCUGGGGUCCCAAUGGCCAGGGGGGGCUGUGCUCUUAGCCCUGGCCUUAGGGAGCGUUACAUUACUCUGCCCCCUGCUGCUAGUCAGACUGCAGAGGCACAAGGACAACAUCCAAGGACCCUGGGAUGAGGCUGAGAUUCAAGAGGAUCUCAGUCACUUCCUUCACUAAUGGACACAGCAGAGAUAAGCACACAGGUGUAUAGCUGACAUUUAAAGCUGCAAGACAACUGAGAAUUGUAUAUGGAUAACUGUCAGUAUGCAGUAUUAUGCUGCUGCUUUCAACUGACAAAUGUUAACUUUGGUCCACAUCUGACAGCCAUUACAACUUUUUAUACUUUUACAGUGAAAACUAAGAUGUUUUUAAUGCUGCUACUGUCUUUAAAGUGUUGAUCUCAGACAUGUAAUGGAAGAUAUCAACUGACAUGCAAUGGUAACUUACAUUACUGGAUAUUCCAGUUUUGCUUGCAGCAAUUUAAUACAAGUGAUAUUUUAAUAUAUGUGGGGGAUUUUUCUAUGUUUUUAUAGAUUGUGUACAGUUUGAUGUUGUUAAUAAAUGGACAGAUCCAACGUGUUUAACCCAGGGAAUUGCAAAAUAUGUUACAAUGAAACAUUUGAAGUUAAAAUGAAGGGCAAUAAAGAAAGUUUAACCCUG